UCCCGCGAGAUUUGCCACCGGGUAUCGCGACAGCCGCGCGACCAGAGUUCGUUGUCAAAGGAAUGCGGACAUCCCUGGACCUCAGCAGUUCAAGAAGCCCACUGAGAGGCUAUAAUAGGGGAUUCCUUUGCUCCAGGCAUCCUCCAAGAGUCACGUCCUUGAGUCCGCAGCGAGGAACCCACACCAGCAACAUGGGGUUAACAAACGGCACAGAAUAUGGCGGGCAACAUCCCAACAGCUUGGCCCUCAGAAGGAGGCAUUCUCUAUCUCCCCUCCCAAGCGGUGACGCAGGAGAGCACAGCCCCACAUGGCACGUGGCUGGAAGGGUGCGGAGCGGCUCAGUGCUGGACCUGUGUGCAUCCUUGCCAGGAGAGACACAGAGAAAGUCCAGCCACAGAGAAGCGAGGCGUGCGCCUCAAGGGCCAUCGGAAGAGCACAGAGAGCGGAAUCUGGAGUUGGAACUCAACCUGAUGCAGUUUGAGCUGCUCUCCCUUAAGCAGAAGCAGAUGAAGAGCUCUUUCGCUCACCUAGAAAAGGAGAAGAAAUGGCUGGAAACGAAUCGCUCGGAGGAGAGGAAGCAGAAAGGAGACCUACGUGAUACGGUCUUCAGUUUGGAAACGGAGCUGGCGCGGGCCGGACCUUAUUUCAGCGAGAGGGACCCUGGCUGGCCACGCCUGGACUCCAGCCCGACAGCAGCUGUGGAGAAGGACCGGCUGGAGGAGGAAGUGAACAUGCUAAGCCUGAAGUUGGCACCUGCUGUUGCUGACAGGGAGAGACUCCUCCAGGAGAAGGUCUCUCUCCCCCAGCAGGUCCAGAAUCUCACGCUAGAGCUGGAGCGUGCGCAGAAGAAGCAAGAAGUGUUCAACAACCAGGUCUUGGCCCUCCAUUCGGAGCUCAUCAGCGCCAAGACCCAAGUCAGCCACCUGGAGAAGGAGAAAGUCCUCAUGAAAGAAGAGCUGGAGUCUGUGAGACAGGCCAACAAGGAGCUGUCUUCCGAGGUGGCCGAGAGCCGCCAAAGACUAGAAGCCUCUUUGGUAGAGCUUUAUCACUUGGAGGCAGAGAAGAAAAUCCUGGACAACCACAUCCAGGCACUGGAAGACGAGCGCCUCCAGCUGCUGGGAAAGAAGGAAGAAAGACUGAUGGAUGUACGACACCAGGAGGAAGAGGAGGAGGAGGAGGAGGAGGAGGGAGCUCUCCGAGAAUGCUAUGAAAAUCUCAAGGAAUCUCAGGCCUUGCUGCAAAGGGAGAAAGUCCUCCUAGAGACCCGCUGCCUGGACCUGGAAGAGGCUUUGCACGCAAAGCAGGAGGAGAUGGACAGCCGGCUGGCAGAAGAGCAGCAGGCCUGCCAGGACUUGACGACCGAGGAGGGAGAGUUGGAGAGCGCAGCCCCACGGAGCUCGACCCACUCUGCCAAGUACAGGGAAUGCCGCUCGGAGAAGCAGAGGCUGGAGGAACGUGUCACUUCUCUGGAAGAGCAGCUGGCUGAGAAGGAGCAGGCCUGGAGGGACCGGAAGCAAAUGAAGAACGUAGACCGGAGUGAGCCGGAGAGUAAAACGUCUUCCUUAGAGCUGAAGGGUCGGCGAGAGCAGUUCAGCCUGACGCAGCAGCAGCGCUUGGUGACUGAGCAGCUGAAGGACCUUUUUAGUAGUCAGAGGCGGCGGCAGGAGGCAGGGCCCAGGGCGCAUCCUGGAGGCCUCCAAGGAAAGAGUGCUGUGGCACCUUGCAAGCCUGCAGGAAUGCUGGCUGCCGCGGACUCCGCCAGGCCCCUGGAAGGAGCUCAGCCAGGAUCCCUGGCGCAUCCAAGCAGUGAGGGAGAAGCACAGAGUCUCCAGCAGCAGCCGAAAGAGACCGCAGAGACAAUGUCCUCCAUGGCUUCCGAGAUCCAGGCUUUGAGGCAGAAGAACGAGAGCUUAAUGAAAGCUAAACUGCGGUUCCAGCAGCAGAUCCAAGAGAUCCGCAACAUUUCGAAGCAGCAGCCGGAAAGGAGCAGCCCAGAGAUGCUGGUACCGAGACUCUCCGUCAGUUGGCAGCAGGAUUUGCAGAGCGACAGUUCCGAGGCUCCACCUCAAAGCGACGAGUCCGCCUCCUCCGUGCACGGUGGGGAGAGCCCAGCAACAGUUCCGCGGGACAUUCAGCUUCACUCCGGAACGGAAGACAAGCGGAGUCAUGCCUCUUCCACUGCUGCUGCUGCUGCUGCUGCUGCAACCACACCUUUGUGGCCAACGAGGCCUGCAGCUUCGCCUCUCCCCUCGCACUCGGACCUCUCCGAUACCGGUGCCGCAACUUCUCUGCACGACCCCAGGAGGCCUGCCGAGGGCGAAGGGGCCUUCCUCUGCCUCCAGGGCUCAGUCCUUUUGUCCCCCAGGCCUUUUGGGCCCCAGAGACCGUGGUCCCCUUUUAAGUUCAAAGUUAGCCCAGACGCCCCGGAGAACUGAGGCAGGGAGAGCAGCAGCGG